CAUAAAAGUCCAGCUGGAGUGUGCAGUCACGUGGACAGUACUCAGACCAGGACAAUGGAGACCAGUGUCCUGCUCCUCCUUGUUCUUCUCGUGAGCUUCUUACUGCUCCUGAUCAGGGGUCACCCAAAGGCUCGUGGACAUCUCCCUCCAGGACCUCGUCCCUUGCCCCUCUUGGGGAACCUCCUGCAGAUGGACAGAGGAGGCCUGCUCAACUCCUUCAUGCGGCUUCGAGAAAAAUACGGAGACGUGUUCACAGUGCACCUGGGACCAAGGCCCGUGGUCAUGCUGUGUGGGACAGAGGCCAUAAGGGAGGCUCUGGUGGACCAAGCUGAGGCUUUCUCUGGCCGGGGGACAGUUGCUGUGGUUGAGCCAGUUGUACAGGGAUAUGGUGUCAUCUUUGCCAAUGGGGAACGCUGGAAGGCCCUUCGACGAUUCUCUCUGGCCACCAUGAGAGACUUUGGGAUGGGGAAGAGGAGUGUGGAGGAGCGGAUUCAGGAGGAGGCCCGAUAUCUGGUGGAAGAGCUGCGGAAAUACCAGGGAGCCCCCCUGGACCCCACCUUCCUCUUCCAGUGCAUCACAGCCAACAUCAUCUGCUCCAUUGUCUUUGGUGAGCGCUUUGACUACAAAGAUCGCCAGUUCCUGCGCCUGCUGGACCUGUUCUAUCAGAUCUUCUCACUCAUCAGCUCAUUCUCCAGCCAGGUGUUUGAGCUCUUCUCUGGUUUCCUGAAGUACUUUCCUGGUGCCCACAAGCAAAUAUUCAAAAAUGUGCAAGAAAUCCUUAACUACAUUGGCCACAAUGUGGAGAAGCACCGGACAACCUUGGACCCCAGCAAUCCAAGAGACUUCAUCGAUACCUACCUUAUACGCAUGGAGAAGGAGAAGUCCAACCAACACACGGAGUUCCAUCACCAGAACCUCAUGAUCUCCGUGCUGUCUCUCUUCUUUGCUGGCACCGAGACCAGCAGCACCACGCUCCGAUAUGGCUUCCUACUCAUGCUCAAAUAACCCCAUGUUGCAGAGAAAGUCCAAAAGGAGAUCGAUCAGGUGAUAGGCUCACACCGCCCACCAACCCUUGAUGACCGCAACAAAAUGCCUUACACUGAUGCUGUCAUCCAUGAGAUUCAGAGAUUUGCAGAUAUUCUCCCGAUUGGAGUGCCACACAAAGUCACCAAAGACACUUCGUUCCGAGGGUACCUGCUCCCCAAGAACACUGAAGUGUACCCCAUCCUGAAUGCAGCUCUCCAUGACCCACGGUACUUUGAAAAACCAGAUGCCUUCAAUCCUGACCACUUCCUGGAUGCCAGUGGGGCUCUGAAGAAAAAUGAAGCUUUUAUGCCCUUUUCCAUAGGUGAGACGGACCUGUGCUUCCUUUCCCAGAGACUAGAGGGCAGGCUCACCCUCCAGGAUACAGGACUAGGUCCAUGAUUACUGUUGUAGUUGGCAGCUUGGGAUAGGUUAACUGCUGUGAGUGAUGAGAUUUGUUCUUUCUUGGAAGAAUAUAAUCUCAAGUUAGUGUGUGGUUCAGUUGACUGUUGUGUUUGUUUAAUUUGUUACACACAGAAGCUGCCUCCAGCCAAAUUUAAUUCAGUUGAAUGGACUCUAUGGGAUGUAAACAUGGAAUCUUUGUGCUCAGGUUUCUUAUCUUUUAGAGAAAGAGAGGUUCUAGAGACCAUUCCUUAACCUUUAGUUGUCCCCCUCCACCCUCAUGAUAGGGGUGGAGCCCAGGGCUGUGUGUUAAGCAAAUUCUCUUCCAAAGAGCCCACACUUCCGGACUCCCCCUUGUGCAUCCCAGAAGAUGCUCUCCUGCUGAGCAUGCCUGUCCUCAUCCCUUCACUGAGAGAUUUUAGGCAAGUGUUCUCCUGCUGAGCAAUGUCUCUGCUAAGAAUUAUCUUAGUAUUGAGUUCCAAGUAACUUCAGUCACCCUGGGCUCCUGAAUUGUCCAUAUAAUAGUCCCAAGACUAGAAAGACAGGAGUGUGGAGAAGAGGAACAAAGACAAGUAAACAGUAGAGAGGCAAGGACGUCAAGACAGAUUCCAAUAAAGACAGAUGCACAGAGACACGAGGAAGCUGCAACAGGAGCAGUUGUGUUGUAGGAAUCAGAGCGUGGACAGGAGAGAGAAGAAGAAGGGUGAGGAACUGGAGGGAAAAGAGGAAUAAGACAGGAAGAGAGGAAGAGCAGGGAAAGGAAGUCAGAGAAAGACACAACUAGAAAUAGACAGAGGAACAUGAGGGAAAACUCAGAAGGAACAUAUGACAAGGUGUCCUUACAGAGAAUGGGGAGGGGCUAAGAGGUAUCUAGGGAAUCUAGAAAAACACAAGUGGGUGGAAUAGAUCAAAGGACACAUAGCAGUGAUUGGCAUAAGUUCAUGUAGGCUGACAUUGGCAGAGAAGAGGGUGGGGAGAGGGAGAGAGAACAUGCCAAAAUAUGUUACAGCUAAAGAGACAUGAACAGUAUUUAAAUAGUCAGCUCCAGUCAUGGGAACUCUGUGUUGAAAGUGAGAUAAGUCAUUAAAAGCUGCUCUGGAAAAUCUGGGUCACAAACCAGUUCUAGGAGAACCAGAGGAACUCCAUGAAUUUCCAAACUCGUGUCACCUAAACUCUGGAAAGGAGGUGCCCCAAGGGACAGGGUGCUCCCCUAAAUACUGCACAGGCAUAGUUUCCCAACAACUGGAGGUGACUGGGGUUGCUGGGAAAUCCCUCUUCCACCUGGAGGCCCCAGGCAGCCAGUUGCACGUUAAUAAUCACUGAGGGCUGUGUGGUGGUGUCACAUGCCUUUAAUCCCAG